AUGGCAGCCAUCCAAGCCCUCCAGAAGUGGUGCAAGCAGCAGUGCGAGGGGUACAAGGACGUCAGCAUCACGAACAUGACCACCUCGUUCCGGGACGGCCUCGCCUUCUGCGCCAUCCUGCACCGCCACAGGCCGGAGCUCAUAAACUUCAGCUCUCUUAGCAAAGAAAACGUCUUUGAAAAUAACCAGCUGGCUUUCCGAGUGGCUGAGUCGGAGCUGGGGAUCCCUGCUCUCCUGGACGCCGAGGACAUGGUGGCGCUGAAGGUGCCGGACAGGCUCAGCAUCCUGACCUAUGUCUCCCAGUAUUACAAUUACUUCCACGGAAAGUCGCCAAUCGGAGGCAUGGCCGGGAUCAAGCGCCCUCCUUCGGAAGCCAGCGAGGAGCCAGCCGGGAAAAAGGCUGUUCCCAGGCCGGUGACUCCAGCUCCCCGCAAGCCUGAGCCCACGGCGGAGCCCACCUCGCAGGGACGCAGCCCCGUGAAGCAGAAUGCCCCCGUGGCAGCGAGACGGAUCCUGGCGGAGAACGGCAGCACGCGGAACAGCAACUGCUCUGUGUGUGGAGGCCAUGUUCACCUGGUGCAGCGGCUGCUGCUGGACGGGAAGCUGUACCACCGCAGCUGCUUCAGGUGCAAGCAGUGCUCCAAUACCCUGAAGCCUGGGAACUACAAGGCUGGGAACGACCCCGGCACAUUUAUCUGCACCCAGCAUGAACACCCGGCACAACCUCCAAAUUCCUUGCCUGUCACUCCGAAGGAUGUCGCUCGGGAGAAUAAACCUGCCACUACCGUACCCACUUCAGGGCUUUGCUCAAAGGGACUGGAAUCCAGAAAGCCAGCCCCCGAAUCCAUAAAAACGAGCCAAGCGUUCAAGAGCACGGACUUUACCCAAAGAGCCGUGAAGGAACCGUCAGACUCUGGGAAUAACAAGCCCCACUUUUCUGCUGCGAGCCCGAACUUGCGCCGAUCGGACCCUGCUGGGAAUAAAUCCGUUCCCCGCGAAACCUCGGCCUCUCCUCCUCCCGCACCCUGGACAGCGUCCGCGGCAAAGACACAGCAGGCGCGAGAGAAAUUUUUCCAGGUGGGUUUAGGGACGUUGGGCCUUCCCGCAGACAGAGCCGACCCCGUUAAGCAUCACGGCGUGGCUUACAAGCCCUCUCCGGGGACUGGGAAGGCAUCCGCUCUUGAGACACCCGUGCAAAGCACGCCUCCGGUCAACAGCGAGAAGGACCGGGCACGGAACAUCCUUCUGCACGCGCUCCCGCGAUCGAUACCCGUGUCUGGCGGGGCUUCGCCCGGAGCAUCACACAGGUUCCUGUCCUCCAGCAGCAAACCCUGCGCAGCGCCCUCCGGCUCACAGCAUCUCAAGCCAGAGAAGGCCUCUGCCAACCCCAUCCCCAGGCCCGCCCAGGCAUUGCCCGCCGUGGAGAAACCAGUGAGGGGCUCGCCGGGGACGCUGCCGGGGGCCAAACAGGCAGCCCAGGAGCCAGGAACAGGGACGCCUGCCCAGAACCGAGCCAGGGACCAGCCCUUUGUCCGAGCUGUGGAUUCCGGACAGAAACAGGACGCCAAGGCCGGCAAAGCAGGGGGCGCGAGGGCCACGGAAGAGAAGCCGGAGGCCCCGUCGGACUGGAGGGCGAGGCUGAAGCCCGUGGCCAACAGAGUCGCCACCCAGGGGGAUGCCGGAGCCUCUCAGAAGCCCGCGGAAGCCCACAAGGUGGCUGUCAACAUCGAUCUGAGCCCUGCCAAGGAUGACAAGAAGCCGACGCGUCCGGUGACCUCCCCAGCCAUCCAGGAUGUCGCACCGUCGUCUGAGCAGCCCAAAAAGAAGAAAUUAUUGGUGCCCCCUCUGGAUAUUUCUGGCGGCUGGCAGAAGACGCGGCAGCAAUGGGAAGAUCAUUCCGCAACCCAGAAGCUGGAUGUGCCGGGACCACCAAAACGGGCCGUGGCACCCGUUAGACCAGCAUCGCCUAGAGCCUUCCCGAAGCACCCGAGUGGUCAAGUGGUGUCUCCGUCAAGGCUGCACCCAGAUUACAUCCCCGAGGAAGAAAUCCAGAAGGAGUUCCGGCAGAUCGAGAGAGACUUGGACAAGCUCGAGCUGAAGGGGGUGGAUAUGGAGAAGCAUCUAAGGAACUGCGAGGGAGACGACACCGAGGACGCCCUCAUGGUGGAAUGGUUCAAGCUGAUCCAUGAGAAGCAGCUCCUCUUGAGGAGGGAGUCGGAGCUGAUGCACAAGUUGAAUCAGCAGAAGCUGGAGGAGAAGCAGUGGGGCAUCGAAAGUGAACUACGGAGCCUCAUGAACAAAUCCGAAACCCUGAAGAGCCCAAGGGAGAAGGCCCGGGAGGAUGAGCUGCUGAAGUCCUACCUGGCCACCGUCAACGAUCGCAAUAAAAUCGUGGAAGACUUGGAUGAGGACAGAAUCCGGGAAAUGGAGGAAGAUGAGAUGCUAGCUGCUAUGAUCCAGAGACUUGACGUGCCUCGUAACACUCUGGAAAGUGAAAAAAAGAAAAUCAGGUUCAACUUAUUCGGACUUAUGAAAGCAAAGAACUAGACUCAAGAGGGACAUUUGGAUGGACCUCACGCAGCAGUGACUUUGCCAGAGGCUCACACAGCUUUUGCAGUUGGGAGACCAUUUUUGUCUUUUGGAGAGUCAAAAUCUCAGGCAAAAGAGAAGGAAAGGAAAGGAAAGGAGAAGGAAGAGCAUUGGCCCAGGAGUCUGAAGUUAAAUGGCCUACUUGGAAAACUGGAGCUUCCUGAAUCUUAAGGUGGAGAUUAAACUCCUCAAAAGCCAUCCUCUUGGAAUUGCUGGAUGCGAGCUUGUCUUUCCAUGGAAUCUCGGUCCGACUUGAGUCCAGCAGCUCCCAAGCCCGGCUAGGGACUCCUCCCUCCUCCAUCCACCGGCAGCUGCUCCACGAAUCACUGGGAUCAUAGAUCUGAGAACGGAGGCGCCCCGGUUGCCUCCCAAAAUGGCGGCUGGGUACUCCCUUCCUGCGAGUCCCGUCCAAGUACGACAGAACUCCUCCAGCUCCCCGUUCUGUUUCAUGGAAGCUACUUGCAGGAGGACAGGGAAACCAGGAGAAAACAAAGAGAAGCGCUUUCCAUAGCAAGAAGCUCAGCCCGGUCACCACAUGCUGCAGAGUGGAAAGCGCCGGUUGGAGAAGAUGGUGCUCCUCUUUGCAACACCCCACGAAAGGAGAACGCCGGCAAAGAGGGAGUGAGUCUGUUCUCCUUGGUGUGUUAGGUGUCUGCUGGCAGGGCAUUUCCCACGUGCAGCGGCAUUCAGAAGACGGUACCUCCUCCUCGUAACCCGAAGUCGGCAUGGCCUUUUCCCUCCCCUCAGCAGCCAGCCAGGCCAGGCCAAGCUGGAAGGAGAGGGCAGACCAUCUGCACUGCAGCCGGAGAGCCAUCUUUCUUCAGCGUCUUCCCUCCCACCUGCCUCAAAAUCGCUGACCUGCAAGUAGAAAAUAGCAGGCCAAGGAGCAAGCGGGAUCGGAAGCCUUCUCCCUGAUGGGGAGAGUCGUGUGUGUGUGUGAACACGGACUGUUCAAAUUCGGCCAGCACUUCUUGAUUCCGUGUGGCGGGCAAACAGUUUUGGAAGAUGCUCUCCUGUUGCCGAGCGCUCCUCCGACAGCCGCAGGAGAGCUCGGGGUGAAGAGCGCCCCGCUUCCCUUUUCUGCCAAGGCUCCUGCAGCACCUCAGAGGCUACCUGUCGCUUUUAGGCAUUCACCACACGAACAGAUGCGGGCAACCGUGGUGUGGGAAGGUGUCAGAAUGCCCGGCUACAGAGUCGCAUCAAGUCCUUUCCACCGAGAGAGAGAGAGAGAAACUCCAGCCUUGGGGUGCCACCUUUUAGCCUGGGGAUCAGUCCUACGCUGCCCCGCGUCUGACCCGGGACCCUGGGCUGCCCUCAGGAAACACCGGAGGCCCAGAGGAAUCCCACACACCAUGAGCUGUGGGUCUCGCUCUUUGGAGAUGAGUCACUGUGUGACGUUUCAGUCCGCUAGAUGGCGAGCAUCGCUCUCGAUACUUCUGGCCCGCCGUGCCGGAAUAGCUGGCUUCUCUCUUUUUUGAAACCUCAGGACGUGUCGUGAAACCAGAAAAAAUAAUAAUGGGGGAAACGUGUGUUUUUACUGGGUUUUUUAAGCAGCAGCAUCCAAAUGUGCGGCUCUGCAGUGAGCCGGUUGGAUAUUGCGACUGGCUCUUCGU